CCUUAUGGAUGCGCUGAGUGCGGGAAAAGCUUUAAUCGGAGCUCUGCCCUGAGCGCACACAGGAGAAUCCACACGGGUGAGAAACCUUAUGGAUGCUCUCAGUGCGGGAAAAGCUUCGGUCAGCGUUCACACCUUAUCUCACAUCAGAGACUGCACACGGGAGAGACGCCCUACACAUGCUCUGACUGCGGAAAAAGCUUUAAUCAGAGCUUUGCCCUGAGCAGACACCGGAGAAUCCACUUGGGUGAGAAACCUUAUGGAUGCUUUGAGUGUGGGAAAAGCUUCAAUCGGAGCUCACACCUGAUCACGCAUCGUAGAACCCACACAGGAGAGAAGCCCUACACAUGCUCUGAGUGUGGGAAAAGCUUUAGUCAGUGUUCAAACCUUAUCACACAUCGGAGACUCCACACAGGAGAGAUGGCCUACACAUGCGCUGAGUGCGGGAAAAGCUUUAAUCACAGCUCUGCCCUGAGCACACAUCGGAGAAUC